AUGAAGUCGAAAAAUUCAAUGGAAGUUACUAAAGUUUUGCCUCCAGCGGAGCCAGGAAAAUUUCGGCAAUUUCUGGCUGCUGUUAGUGUUAACACUUCGAUUCUGGUGUAUGGAAUGAUGCUGGGCUGGGCAUCUCCAACGAUACCAGUGCUAAAAAGCCCAGAGACACCGGUUGGCCAAACGCCUUUAAACGACGACCAGGCAUCAUGGCUAAACAGUAUAAUGCUUGCAGCGGGUAUUUUAGUAAUCCCACUCUGUGGAUGGAUAUCAGAAAAAUACGGUCGCAAAAUGACUGGCUAUGUGCUGAGUAUUCCUUGCGUAACUUCCUGGCUACUCACUCUGUUCGCGACUAAUUACUGGUAUCUUCUAAUGGCAAGAGUUUUCGGAGGUUUCGGAGGGGCGAUUUGUUUCUUCCUGGUACCGUUGUACGUCGCCGAGAUCUCCGGAGACAGCAUCAGAGGACAACUUGGCAGCUUGAUGGUAUUUUCAGUUAACAUUGGAAUUCUUCUGGGAUUCAUUCUGGGAGCUGUUUUGUCCUAUCAACUAUUCGCAAUAGUUGCUUUGAUAGUACCUCUGGUUUUUCUUGGCUCUUUCAUAUUUGUCCCAGAAACGCCAGUGUAUCUAGUGCGCAAGGAACGAAUCGACGACGCACUCAAGUCCUUGAUGUGGCUGAAAAACGACGACAAAUCUGCUGCUGACCGUGAAUUACUCAGACUCCAGUCACUCGUUAAAGAGACUUCUAACGUCAAUCAAGCCGUCGGGCUCAGAGACUUGAUCAGAGACAAAGCGACCAUCAAGGGUCUUGUCAUAGCUAUUGCACUGCUGAGUGGACAACAGACCUGUGGGAUUUCAGCUAUGCUGACUUAUACAGCAAUGAUUUUUGAAAUGGCUGGAAGUUCACUAUCGCCAAACUCAGCAACAAUCGUAGUAGGCGCAAUACAAUUAUUCGGCUCCUGGUUAUCAACAAUGCUAAUGGAACGGGCGGGCAGAAGACCUCUUCUUCUUAUCUCCUGUAUAGGAAUGCUCGUUUGUCACUGGAUCCUCGCUUCAUUUUUGUACUUGCAGCACAAAUCCUACGACGUGUCUUCAUUCGGGUGGAUACCGCUGCUCGCUCUUUCGGUUUAUUGCGUCGUUUAUUGCAUAGGAAUGGGUCCAGCUCCUUUCAUUGUUGCCUCGGAAGUCUUCAGUCCUGAUAUUGCUGCUCUUGCUAGCACUGUCAAUAUGAUUGUGCUAUUUUUCAGCGCGUUUGUGGUCGUUAAAGUAUUCCCACUGCUAAUCGCCGUUUUAGGAAUGUAUGGUUGCUUUUUCUUCCUCGGGGGCUGUUGUGGGCUCACAUUUUUGUUCACGUUUUUCCUUGUCCCAGAAACGAAGGGCAGAAGUGUUGAGUCUAUUAUUGACGAGCUUAAUGGCACGCCGGGACAGUUUAAUGAUAAGGGGUACGUUAAAGCUGCUGUUGAGAGUGAAAAAAAUGAACAGUCUUCUAAUGUGUGA